AUGACAAAGGUGACCGGAGAAGAAAGUGUCACUCUUGAUCUUCUCAAGGGAAAAAUGGCCGAGUUUGCUAAGGAAAGGGACUGGGACCAGUUUCACAGCCCCAGAAACCUGCUUCUCGCUUUGGUAUGUUCUUGUUUCUUUCCUUCUUUUGAUGAUUCUCAGGUGGGUGAAGUUGGAGAACUAUCGGAGAUAUUUCAGUGGAAAGGAGAGGUCCCAAAGGGACUUCCUGAUUGGGAAGAAGAGGAGAAAGUACAUCUUGGUGAAGAGCUCUCAGAUGUUUUGCUAUACCUUGUUAGGCUCUCUGAUAUCUGUGGCAUUGACCUAGGCAAAGCAGCUCUGAGGAAAGUUGGACUCAAUGCCAUCAAAUACCCAGUGGGCAUCAAGGACUCUUCCAAGGAAAUACAGCAACAUCAAUAA